AUGGGGAAAGCGGCCGCUCCGAGCCGAGGCGGCGGCUGUGGCGGCCGCUCCCGCGGGCUCUCGUCGCUGUUCACGGUUGUCCCCUGCCUGUCCUGCCACACGGCGGCGCCGGGCAUGAGCUCUUCCACGUCCGGCUCCGGGCUGGAGCCCAAGCCUCAGCCCCAGCCAGUGCCCGAACCGGAGCAGGAGCCGCUGUCAGAACAGGUGUCGGAGCCGGUGCCGAGAUCGGAGCCUGUGCCCGAGACGACGUCUGAGCCGGCCGGGCAGGGAUCGGAACUGCUGCUAGGGUUGCGGACAGGGUCGGAGUCUGGCCCAGGUGUAGCGGCGGGGCCCUUCACCAAGGCCUUAUCAGAGCAGCUGCCCCCACAGGGGUCAACAGUGGGGAGCGUGCCCUUGCUCAAACCUGAGUUAGGGUCAGUGCCCGCGUUAAAGCCCCUGCCUCUACUGCGACCAGGACAGGUGAAGACGCCUCUUGGGGUUUCAAUGCCCAGGACUGGCACAUCUUCUGAUGUCCCGAUGGUCUUACUGCCUCUGGACAGCUUCAAGGGCUGGCUCCUCAAGUGGACCAACUACCUGAAGGGCUACCAGCGCCGCUGGUUCGUGCUUGGCAAUGGCCUGCUGUCUUACUACAGAAAUCAGGGUGAAAUGGCCCACACCUGCCGUGGAACCAUCAACCUGUCCAGUGCGCAUAUUGACACAGAAGACUCUUGUGGUAUCUUGCUGAUCAGCGGGGCAAGGACCUACCACCUUAAGGCCAGCUCAGAGCUGGACCGGCAGCAGUGGAUCACCGCCCUGGAGCUGGCCAAGGCCAAGGCUGUUCGCAUGAUGGACACCCAUUCAGAUGACUCUGGGGACGACGACGAGGAGACUGCCUCCCCAGCUGACAAGAGUGAGAUCCACCACACCCUUAAGAACCUCUCCUUGAAGUUGGAUGACCUGAGCACAUGCAAUGACCUCAUCGCCAAGCACGGCGCUGCGCUUCAGCGCUCCCUGAACGAACUGGACAGCCUCAAAAUCCCCUCCGAGAGCGGCGAGAAGCUGCAGGUGGUGAACGAGCGGGCCACCCUCUUCCGCAUCACGUCAAAUGCUAUGAUCAACGCCUGCAGGGACUUCCUGGAACUAGCAGAGAUACACAGCCGGAAAUGGCAGCGGGCGCUGCAGUAUGAGCAGGAGCAGCGUGUCCACCUGGAGGAGACCAUUGAGCAGUUAGCCAAGCAGCACAACAGCCUCGAGCGGGCCUUCCGCAGCGCCCCCGGCCGGUCCUCCAACCCCGCCAAGAGCUUCAGCGAGGGAAGCCUCUUGACUCCCAAAGGAGAGGACAGCGAGGAAGAUGAAGAUACCGAGUACUUUGAUGCCAUGGAAGACUCCACGUCCUUCAUCACCGUGAUCACCGAGGACAAGGACGACAGAAAAGCUGAAGGUGGAAACAGAACAGGCUCCGUGGACUGGACCUCGGCAGACAAUAUUCUAGAUGGUGCCUCGCUUGUGCCCAAGAGUACAUCCAAAGUCAAGAGGCGAGUCCGCAUCCCCAACAAGCCCAACUACAGCCUUAACCUCUGGAGCAUCAUGAAGAACUGCAUCGGCCGGGAGCUCUCCAGGAUCCCCAUGCCGGUGAACUUUAACGAGCCCCUGUCCAUGCUCCAGCGGCUGACUGAGGACCUGGAGUACCACCACCUGCUGGACAAGGCGGUGCACUGCACCAGCUCGGUGGAGCAGAUGUGCCUAGUGGCCGCCUUCUCCGUGUCCUCCUACUCCACCACCGUGCAUCGCAUCGCCAAGCCCUUCAACCCCAUGCUGGGUGAGACCUUCGAGCUGGACCGCCUCGAUGACAUGGGCCUGCGCUCUCUCUGCGAGCAGGUGAGCCACCACCCGCCCUCGGCAGCGCACUACGUGUUCUCCAAGCACGGCUGGAGCCUCUGGCAGGAGAUCACCAUCUCCAGCAAGUUCAGGGGGAAAUACCUCUCCAUCAUGCCACUGGGUGCCAUCCACUUAGAAUUCCAGGCCAGUGGGAAUCACUACGUGUGGAGGAAGAGCACCUCAACCGUGCACAACAUCAUCGUGGGCAAGCUCUGGAUCGACCAGUCAGGGGACAUUGAGAUUGUGAACCAUAAGACCAAUGACCGCUGCCAGCUGAAGUUUAUGCCCUACAGCUACUUCUCCAAAGAGGCAGCCCGAAAGGUGACAGGAGUGGUGACAGACAGCCAGGGCAAGGCCCAGUAUGUGCUGUCAGGCUCGUGGGAUGAACAGAUGGAGUGCUCUAAGAUCGUGCAGAGCAGCCCCAGCAGCCCCAACCCCGACGGGAAGCAGAAGACGGUGUACCAGACCCUGCCGGCCAAGCCGCUAUGGAAGAAAUACCCGCUGCCGGAGAACGCGGAGAACAUGUACUACUUCUCGGAGCUGGCGCUGACGCUCAACGAGCAGGAGGCGGGCGUGGCGCCCACCGACAGCCGCCUGCGGCCCGACCAGCGGCUGAUGGAGAAGGGGCGCUGGGACGAGGCCAACACCGAGAAGCAGCGGCUGGAGGAGAAGCAGCGCUUGUGGCGGCGCCGGCGGCUGGAGGCCUGCGCUCCCGGCAGCAGCUGCGGCGCCGAGGAAGAGAAGGAGGCGGACGCCUACGUGCCGCUGUGGUUCGAGAAGAGGCUGGACCCGCUGACGGGGGAGACGGCCUGCAUGUACAAGGGCGGCUACUGGGAGGCCAAGGAGAGGCAAGACUGGCACAUGUGCCCCAACAUCUUCUGAGCGCCACCCCCUGCGGCAAAUACAGGCGCCUGCACAGCCCGGGCCACCUUUUCUUCAAUGCACUCCAUUUAGUACGGAACGGCCCUUCUCUCCCACCCACCUGCAUCCCCCUCCUGUUUUCU